AUGCGACUCCCAACAACCCUUCUCGCUCUGUCUGUCUCCCUCCCACUUGUCUCCGCACUACCCUUCCCGCUCAGCCUCUUCUGCCGCGACCUCACCUUUCCCAUAAUCCACAAACGCGGUCUCCCCGGCGCCGUCUACAUCUGCACAGAACGCAACUUUGCUGGUGAAUGCGGUUGGGUUAUGCCAUCCACGAACUGCCACAUCCCCGGCACCGGAGACGACACACCUCGCUCCAUCGGCCCCGACCCCGGCGGAUUCUGCAUCCUGUAUGAAAAAGCCACCUGCAAAGGAAACCAAGUCUUGACACUCAGGUUCCCGGGUGCUGAUUCGGCUAUCCCAGAAUUCGGGGGCAUGAAGUGCUUUGCAAAUGGCGUGGGCAAUAUGACUCAGAACCUUGCGGGUGCUGCAAGUGGUGCGCCAGGCUCGGGGGAUGCGAGACUGGCGGGUGGGAUUGUGAGGGAGAUGGUGGAGAAAGGACAUCCGGAUGGGAUGAUUGGGUUGGAGAAGGGGGUAUAUUAUUAG